AUGCCACCAAAAGGCAAGGGCGAGCAGCCCAAGGUGAAGAAGGUCGCCGUCGACAAGACCUUUGGUAUGAAAAAUAAAAAGGGAGGAGCCGCACAAAGACAGAUCAAGCAAAUCAACGCCACAACCGCCGCAGGAGGUACCCCCGAGCAGAAGCGCAAGGAAGCCGAAAAGCUGCAGAAGGAAAAGGAAAAGCUGGCAGCCGAAGCCGCCCGCAAGGAGGUCGCCGAUCUUUUCAAGCCUGUGCAAAUACAGAAAGUACCAUUUGGCGUGGACCCGAAGACUAUUCUCUGCCAGUUCUUCAAGAAGGGCAAUUGCGAAAAGGGCAAGAAAUGCAAGUUCUCACACGACCUCAAUGUCGAGCGCAAGACCGAGAAGAGGAGUUUGUACACGGACAACCGAGACAAGGAAGAGGAAGAGGAGGCCAAGAAGAAGGAGACCAAUACGGAGUGGGAUGAGGAAAAGCUGCGGAGUGUCGUGCUGAGCAAGCACGGAAACCCUAAGACGACCACGGACAAGGUGUGCAAGUACUUUAUUCAGGCAAUCGAGGACCAGAAGUACGGUUGGUUCUGGACGUGUCCUAAUGGUGGAGACGAUUGCAAGUAUAAGCACUCGCUACCACCUGGAUUCGUUAUCAAGACCAAAGAACAACGCGCUGCCGAGAAGGCCCUUAUGGCCAAUUCGCCAAUGGCAACUCUCACUCUCGAAGACUUCCUCGAGUCCGAACGCCACAAGCUCACCGGCAAACUCACGCCCGUCACCGAAGAAACCUUCGCGAAGUGGAAGCUGGACCGUAUAAGCAAGAAGCAGGCCGAGGAGGAGGCCAAGAAGAUGAAGGAGGCGACUGGUCGUGCCAUGUUCGAGAAGGGUGACUGGCAAGACAGCGACGCAGACAGCGACGAUGAGGACGCGAGCUGGAACAUCGACGCCAUGCGCAGGGAGACCGAAGCUGCCAGAGCAAGGAAGGAAGAGGAGCGCAUGGCUGCAACAUUGGGCGAAGUCACGAUUUCUUGA